AUGGAGGUACGAUCUACAGAUGCAAAGAACGGGUGUGCCUCAUGCGGGGUUCAGUUCAAUCAUCAACAGGCCGAGGAACCCCCAUCGCUCCGAGUUGCGAGUACCACCCUUGGCUUUGGUCUUGAUACCACACAAAAUUUCCAACCCCAGCAUCCCUCAUCAAAAUUCGACACGGCUUUGUUUGAACCCUUUUUUGCCGACUUUGAAUCCUGGUCCCCAUUGCAGCCCUCGGAGCUUGCCCUGCGGCCUACUCAAUCCACAGACGGGCGGGAGAUGCUAGAGUUUAUGGACCCCAUCACCUGCGCGUCUCCUGGAUUUGCCCAGUCUGGAUUAAGUCAAGAGUAUGAAUCAAUCUUCGACUCAAAUUCAGUUGCUUUAGCAAAUCAUAGCAUGGAACUUAUAUUUCGAGUUCUUCGAACAUGGCCUCAGAUGUUGGCUGAAGGCUUUCAGGAUCCACCUAUAUUUCAUUCUACACAGCUGAGCUCACAGGCGAAGCUCCCGCGACCGCUAGCAACUUGCAUUACUUUGGCGAAGAUGUGGCAUGGGCAAUGCCCGGGCGCCGAAGACAUGGUCCGUGCUACGAUACUACAGGAACUCGACCAGGUCAUUAAAAAGUCCGAAGAAUCAGACGAAGAAAUGCUUCUAGCCAGCUUACAAGCAGUCGUCAUGUACACGAUUAUCCUACUAUCUCCAUCUGCGGACUCUCAAAACGAACGCACGAAUGAUGACAUCGUCUUUCGCAAAGUUGAGUUCUUUGUUUGGCACGUCGUUCGUGGAGGUCUUUUUCUCUCAGAGGAACGGGCACAGACAAGGCCUUCUUGGGUAGCCUGGAUACAUGUCACCUCUAAGCGACGCGCAAUACUCACGUUAUAUCUCCUUCAUUGGGCAUAUUCUGUUUUACAUAAAGUGCCGUGUUUUGAUUGUAGAGAUCUAGGCUUCAUGCCAGCCCCAGCGCCAAAGGCUCUCUGGCAGGCACAUACUGAACAUGAGUGGAACACGAAAUACAUACUCUGGCUUGGGAGAUGGAGUGGUCAUAUUUAUCUGCAGGCAGAAUUUGGUCAUAUAUCGCCGGGCGCAGUUUUGAGCACCAGAGCAGAAAGAUGGUUGGGAGAGGCUGAUGAAUUUGCAUUUAUUAUGGCAUCAAUCCGUAAGUCAUUUCUCUGA